GCAGCCUCCUUCCGACCUCCACCUCCCAACCCAAUCUCCUCAGACUCAAGAGAGCCCCAAGCCAAGAUCUGCGCGGGCAAGUCACCGGCGAAGCACCGGCUCCCAUGGCCGUGGACCUGAUGGGCUGCUACGCCCCGCGCCGCGCCGACGACCAGCUCGCCAUCCAGGAGGCGGCGGCGGAAAGUCUCCGCAGCCUGGAGCUCCUGGUGUCGUCCCUGUCCACCCAGGCCGGCGCGCCGCACAGGGCCGCUCAUCACCUGCAGCAGCAGCAGCCGUUCGGCGAGAUCGCCGACCAGGCCGUCUCCAAGUUCCGCAAGGUCAUCUCCAUCCUGGACCGCACCGGCCACGCCCGCUUCCGCCGCGGGCCCGUCGAGUCCCCGCCGCGGGCGGCCGCGGCGCCUCCGGUCCCCGCUCCCGCUCCGGCUCUCUCCCUGGCUCCGUUGGCUCACGUGGCGCCCGUCAGCGCGGCGCAGCCGGCGCCGGCUUCCCAGCCGCCGCAGAGCCUGACGCUGGACUUCACGAAGCCUAACCUGACCAUGUCGGGCGCCACGUCCGUCACCUCCACGUCGUUCUUCUCCUCCGUCACGGCCGGCGAGGGCAGCGUCUCCAAGGGCCGGAGCCUGAUGUCCUCCGGCAAGCCGCCGCUGUCCGGCCACAAGCGGAAGCCCUGCGCCGGCGCGCACUCCGAGGCCACCACCAACGGCGGCCGCUGCCACUGCUCCAAGAGAAGGAAAAACCGCGUGAAGAGGACCAUCAGAGUGCCGGCGAUCAGCUCGAAGAUCGCCGACAUCCCGCCGGACGAGUACUCGUGGAGGAAGUACGGCCAGAAGCCCAUCAAGGGCUCCCCUUACCCACGGGGCUACUACAAGUGCAGCACUGUGCGGGGAUGCCCGGCGAGGAAGCACGUGGAGCGCGCCACCGACGACCCGGCCAUGCUGGUGGUGACCUACGAGGGCGAGCACCGCCACACGCCCGGAGCGGCCGGGCCCAGCCCCCUGGCGACCGCGUCUCCGGUGGCCGCCGCUGUCUCCGCCGGCAACGGCCAUGUCUAGUCGUUCCAAAGCUAGGAUUAGCUUCUCUCUUCUUUUUUGAGCUGCUUGCCCCCCGAUCUGAUGUCCGUGUAAAAAAAGGAACAAGGUUGUAGAAAGAGGGAGUGCACACCUUCGAUGCCGCAAAAACUCUCAAACUUGAUGAAUCGCAUAUCUCCGAUUGGUGCUCGCUCA